AUGACCGAAGAUUUUAUUUCUUCCGUCAAGCACUCGAGUGAGGUGCUUAAGGAACGGAAAUCUAACUUCGAGUUUGUAGAAUACAAAUCUAAGCAAUUAACAUCUUCCUCAUCACGCAAUUCAAACUCAUCGCAUCACGAUGAAGAGCAUCAAUACAGCAAGAGGAAUAUUUUCCAGCGAUGUGUCGAUUCUUUCAAGCCUCCUCUGGACGGUUCGUUCGACACAAGCAAUUUGAAGAGGACUCUGAAGCCCAGGCAUUUAAUCAUGAUUGCCAUUGGUGGCAGUAUAGGUACUGGUUUAUUUGUCGGUAGCGGUAAGGCGAUCGCAGAAGGGGGUCCUCUAGGUGUCGUUCUGGGUUGGACUAUUGCAGGCUCUCAAAUUAUUGGGACGAUUCAUGGGCUGGGUGAAAUCACGGUGCGGUUUCCUGUCGUGGGGGCCUUUGCCAACUACGGUACAAGGUUUUUGGAUCCAAGUAUAAGUUUUGUUGUUUCGACCAUAUACGUGCUACAAUGGUUCUUUGUACUACCCUUAGAAAUCAUUGCGGCGGCCAUGACCGUACAGUACUGGAAUACCUCUAUUGACCCCGUAAUUUGGGUGGCCAUCUUUUAUGCUGUUAUCGUUUCCAUAAAUUUGUUUGGUGUGAGAGGUUUUGGGGAAGCCGAAUUUGCUUUUUCCACCAUAAAAGCAAUAACAGUUUGCGGAUUCAUUAUAUUAUGCAUUGUCCUCAUUUGCGGUGGGGGGCCCGAUCACGAGUUCAUUGGCGCCAAAUACUGGCACGACCCCGGUUGUUUGGCCAACGGGUUUCCGGGCGUUCUAUCUGUUCUUGUCGUUGCUUCGUAUUCCCUCGGUGGUAUAGAAAUGACAUGCUUGGCGUCAGGUGAAACGGACCCCAAAGGCUUACCAAGUGCUAUCAAACAAGUGUUUUGGAGAAUCUUAUUUUUCUUUUUAAUAUCAUUGACCCUAGUAGGGUUCCUUGUUCCAUAUACAAACCAAAAUUUGCUCGGCAGUUCAUCCGUGGAUAACUCACCUUUUGUCAUCGCCAUAAAACUGCAUCACAUUAAAGCCUUGCCAUCCAUCGUCAAUGCGGUCAUCCUUAUUAGUGUUUUAAGUGUAGGUAACUCCUGUAUCUUCGCUUCAAGUCGAACGUUGUGUUCCAUGGCUCACCAGGGCCUUAUUCCAUGGUGGUUUGGUUAUAUUGACCGUGCUGGUAGGCCGCUGGUUGGCAUUAUGGCAAAUUCGCUAUUUGGAUUACUAGCAUUUCUGGUCAAAUCAGGUUCAAUGACAGAAGUUUUCAAUUGGUUAAUGGCUAUUGCCGGCCUGGCCACAUGCAUUGUCUGGUUGAGCAUCAACCUGUCGCAUAUUAGAUUUAGACUGGCAAUGAAGGCUCAAGGGAAGUCCCUAGAUGAAUUGGAAUUUGUUAGUGCUGUCGGGAUUUGGGGGUCUGCGUACUCCGCUUUAAUCAACUGUUUAAUUUUGAUAGCUCAAUUCUAUUGUUCGUUAUGGCCCAUUGGUGGCUGGACCAGCAGCAAAGAAAGGGCCAAAAUAUUUUUUCAGAAUUACCUGUGUGCCUUGAUCAUGUUAUUUAUAUUCGUCGUCCACAAGAUUUAUUACAAGUGUCAAACAGGCAAAUGGUGGGGGGUUAAGGCGUUAAAGGACAUAGACUUAGAGACCGACCGAAAAGAUAUCGACAUCGAAAUAGUCAAGCAAGAAAUCGCCGAAAAGAAAAUGUACCUAGAUUCGCGUCCAUGGUAUGUGAGACAGUUCCAUUUCUGGUGUUAA